AUGACUGACUUCAUUGAAGCGGUAUCCAACCCAUUGGCACCUGAUGUGUUUGUGGGUCAUGGUGACUUUACGAAUCAAAAACUAUCUAAUAGUGAUUUUCGAAAAUUGUUAAUGACACCUAAGCCAUCAGUACAACCUUCAAAAAUUGAUGAAGUACAUGAAACUGGGACCCGCAUUUCUACUCACCACUUGGAAAGAUCCGAUCGUAUACGCCAAGAUCCUAGUCAAACUAUUCAUCGUAGUAAACAUAAGAUAAGUCACAGGCGUCAUCAUGUUCGUAGCAAAAAAGAUGCUCAAAAAUCAGAUGUUUCUGAAUCAACACAUCGUUAUCGAGAUCGUGCAAAGGAACGACGUGACGGCAAGCUAGUUGCUCCAACUGAGGAAGUUGAGGAAGAACAUGAAAUGGAAAAUGAUGAUGACACUUUAACUCGCACAGCCGACUAUCGUGCUGUUGCACCAUCGUCUGCUGCUGGUGCUUCACAUGCUGAACGUCGUCGAAUGCUUAUACAGGAAUCUAAGUAUCUUGGUGGUGAUAUGGAACAUACUCACUUGGUCAAAGGUCUUGAUUAUGUUCUAUUACAAAAAGUCCGUUUGGAAAUACAAAAUAAAGAAAUUGAAGCCGAACAAGCCCUGGAUAUUGAAUUAAACAAACCUGAUAAAAUGAAAGAAAGUACUAAUAAUGAAGAAAGCAUACAAUUUCGUACUCAUCUAGCGGCAAGUAUAUGCAAUGUUAUUUUCAAUGAACGUCUCCCAGAACGUAAUGAAUAUUUUCAACCUGGUCGCAUGGCUUAUCGUAUUGAACUGGAAGAUGAUUCAGUGGAUUUUGAAGUACCAGCUACAGUGAUUCGUAGCAAAUCUGAUUGUUUACAAAUUGAUGGUCGUGGAACUGGUGCAAUAACUACUAACGAAAUUGUUAUUAAUAAACUUACUCAAAUCUUAUCAUAUUUGCGGGCUGGCAAACGACAUGCAAAGAAGACUAAGCUUAAAGGACGUGUUGCUGACAAAUCUGAAUUUGAUUAUGAAGACAAUCGACAUCUUACCCAUAAAAUGGCUAAUACUGCUAUAUUUGAAGGUAUCGGAAACGAUUACUUACCGACAACAAAGAAGCAAUGUAAAAGUAACGAUAGGAUGGAUUUACCAUAUGAGGAUUCUAGAGUGUCGAAUUCACGUAAUCGUCUACCCGCUUCUAAUACUACUACAUCUGGUAAUAAUAGUAACACCAAUGCUGAAUCAACUAGUGCACAAGCAUCAUACUUCGAUAUUCCCGCCAAUGCUGAUUCAGUCACAAAUAAUUCAAUAAGUGCUACUAAAGAAUUUUUAAAUGAAUUAAGUCAACGUUUUGAUGUUAAAGAUGGAAAUAGGUUACAGGAAAAAGCAAGUCUUGAACGAUUCUUUGCUAAAACUCAGGUCACGUGUUACGAUGAAUGUUAUCCCGGUUUCGCUGAAUCAUACGAUGCUAUGGGUGAUUCUGAUGAUGAAGCUGAUUUUAGCAAAAUGGAUUUAGGUAAUAAAAAAGGUCCAGUUGGUCGAUGGGACUUUGAAACACAGGAAGAAUAUAGUGAUUAUAUGUCGAAUAAAGAAGCUUUACCAAAAGCUGCAUUUCAGUAUGGUGUUAAAAUGGCUGAUGGUCGUCGUACACGUCGUAUUGGACCAAAAGAUGAAAAAGCUGAAUUAGAUCGUCAAUUACAAAAAAUACAAUCAAUCAUACAAAAGCGUAAACAAUUAGCUGAAGAUAGUGGUCCAGUAGGAAAAAAUGUCCGAUUUUAA